UUUGAACUCCAGAAUGGAAAGGAUGGAACUAAGCUUUGAGUGUUGCUUAUCUGACCACUGAAGUUGACGUUUUCUAUAUAAGCAUCUCUGAUUAUCAACAGAAAAUCUGAACAUGUGUGGUUUUCUCCUUUAUAGUGGAGACAAACACAAGGUUUGAGAGCUCGUACCCAAGAUAUGCAGUAAAUCUCUUCCAGAUUUGAAGAUUUUAUACUUGCUGGGAUCCAUAUAAUGUUGAAGAUCUUUCACAUUAUUAUUAACUGCUUUGAUGUAAGCUUAAUUUAACUUACAGACAAUAUGACAACCAGGUUCUGUGAGAUACAGGCGCUUACUGUUAAAUAUGCGUGUACUGUCUUAAAGUGCAGUCACAAAAAAGCUACAAAAAAGGUCUGUUUUUCAUUUUCAAUUGUGUAGCGAUACAGGUUACUUUAAAACCCAGCGGAUUUCUGAUGGUCAGCAUGGCAAAUUCGUGUGACCAACAUGAACCGAUGCAAAAUGUGUGUAGGAAAAUCUUUCACCCUCAUGUGAAAUUCACAUAAAUUCCUAUUCAAAUGACUGGAUUUCACCUCUCAAGUUUGUAAAACAACAGUAAAUAUGAUCACACCUUUAUGAUUAUUUCUAAUUUUUAUCGCCAACGUUUUCAAGAGCUUGUGAUGAUAAUGUUGCACCAAUUUAAUUCUCUAGAAGUUGUUUUUGAUAUUUGCUGGACAUUUUUCUUGAGAAGCAGCUUAUCACUUCCUAUUUUAUAGCACUUUUAUUUUGAGACUUCCUGCAAUGAGCCAAGGCAGGAGACUUAAAGCUGGUUACAUGUCAAGUUUAUGAGAAAUCAUGAGGCACACAUAUGGAGGACCAGCUUUGAAGUAAAACACUGGAGCACAUCUUACAAUAGGCAAUUUGGGAUAACGUUUCUCUGUGCUGAUCUACUAGAAAGAAAAAGGAGAAUAAAAUUGAGUAUACUGAUGAUAACAUACUUCUGCAGAAAUUUGCAGCACCAAUUCAAUGGGAAAAAACAAAACAAAACUGUGAAGCUAUUUCUGGCAGACGUCUCGACACAUCUGCUAAAGAUUAAAUAAAUACUACAGUUUAUGACACCAAAGUCUCAAACAAAGCUUGUUCGUAUUACAGCCAAUACUACAGUAAAACACUGCUUUGUGACAACAAAUGAUCCUAUGCCAAUACAAACACAUUAGCAGUACGUAAUGCAAACACAUGACAGUAUGAAUAAAUUAAUGAUGACAGACAAUAUUUUGCAAAACGCCACAGCAUUUACAGGAAUACAGGGAAAGAAAUAUGACUGUUUUAUCUUCAAGUUCACCCAAUAUUCUGUCAUUAUUUAUUCACCCUCGUGUUGUUUCAAACCUCUAUGACUUGCUUUCUUUCAGAUAUAAAAUUUUUCAAAAUUUUGAUUUAAAAAAAAAAAAAAAAACAGUAGAAACUUUCUGGUUUUGUGUUCCACAUGCGGAUGAGUAUAUGAAGACUUUCACUUCACUUUUCACUUUAAAUAUAAUUCUGUUUUAACAAAAAACUCCAACUAGUGCCUUGAAUUGCUUAUCUGGCUCAUUCUUUCAUAUGCUGUAGAUUAAACUCAAGGUAAAAAAUAAAGACAAACAUCAUUCCUAAAUACUGAGUCAUAGUGCUGUGUAUCGAGAAGAAAGGGUGAGUGGUCCUAUUCCUCCAAAUUCUUCCUGCGUUGAUGUCGACUGUGCAAUUAUGCAAUGCACAGCUGCCCCACCCACACUUUCAUUCUCCCUCUCUCUCUCUCUCUCCACUGAUAUUAAUGGCAAAGCUGUUGCACUUUGAGGCAGUUCUCUUCAGUUCUCGCUCUCAGUUUGGAUAACUGUAUUUGAGAACAUGAAACUGGUGUACGUGUGCUGUUCUCUGCUGAUAGCCGUCUGGCAGGAAGUAGAGGCUUCUGGUAGUGGCCCCUCUGGGGUUCUGGACAGGGCGUCAGGAGGUUCCAGCUGCUCCCAGGUGAGACUGAAGCCAGCUGGGCAGUGUGAAGAUGAGGAAGAGUGCCCUUACCAGAUCACAGUGCCACCGCUGACUAUCCAGCUUCCCAAACAAUUCCGACUACUGGAAAAGACCAUGAAGGAACUGCAAAGCUUGAAGGAGACAGUAAACAGGUUGAAGAGCUCCUGUCUGGAGUGCAGCUCACAGCAAGUGGACCUCAACUUGCAGAAGGACAGCGGAGACCCUCCGAUAAACAGCGCAGAGCCGAGUCGAGGGGAUACCAGCACGAGAGUCUACCGGAAUGGGAACAACAGUGAUAACGACAUUGUACAACACAUGCAGGUGAAGAUGAAUCGCAUGUCUAUCAGCCUGAGGAAUGCACGUUCACAGAUUAACUCCCUUCAGGGCCGUCUGGAGGAACUUAACCUCCUCAAUCUGCAAAAUGUGGAGGAUAUAGUGGACAGAAAAGUUGAGAACAUUACCGGGAUUGUCAACAAAAUCAGCAGCACUUGCACAAAUUGUCCAGGUCAACAACAACAACAACAACUUCAGCACCUCACAAACAUCACUCCCAGAGACUGCUCUGACAUCAGCGCACUGGCGCAGAGAAAAAAUGGGGUGUACCGGGUGACCCCUGAUCCCAGAAAUGGCAGCUUUGCGGUGUACUGUGACAUGGAGGAAUUCGGUGGCGGAUGGACUGUCUUCCAGCGUCGUAUCAACGGCAGCGUGAGCUUCAACCGCAGCUGGGCUGACUACAAGAAGGGCUUUGGUGACCCUAAAGGCGAGUUCUGGCUUGGCAAUGAUAAAAUCCACCUGCUCACCAAAACCAAAGACAUGAUCCUGCGCAUUGAGCUUGAAGAUUUUGAGGGCACACGUAGGUAUGCCAAGUACGAACAGUUCUACGUAUCCAAUGAGUUCCUCAAUUAUCGGCUGUCUUUGAGCGGAUACUCGGGGACCGCUGGAAAUGCUCUGCAGUUUAGCAAACACUUCAACCAUGAUCAGAAGUUCUUCACUACACCGGACAAGGACAACGACAUGUACCCCUCAGGAAACUGUGGAGCGUACUACGGAUCGGGCUGGUGGUUUGAUGCCUGCAUGUCAGCAAACCUCAAUGGCAAAUACUACAAAACAAAGUACAAAGGGAAGAGGGAUGGGAUCUUCUGGGGCACGUGGCACAACCUGACUUCUGAGUACUAUCCGACAAACUACAGACAAACAUUUAAAAAUGUCAAAAUGAUGAUAAGGCCAAAGAAUUAUGCACCCUGAGCUAAAUAAAGUAUAAAUGAACAAUUAUUUUUGGGGCAGUUACGCACUUUUCCUCAAGAACAGCUUAUAAAGAUAUAGCUUGUGAUUCAUUACAAUUCUUAAAGCGUUAACAGAACUGCAUUUAAAAGACAAAAUGUAUAAAUUUGUAUUUGCAAGGCACAUAAAAAUGCUAUCCAUCAUCUAGUCUAAACAUACCAGAUCUUGAGUUAUGGUUUCAUAUUUUUUUGUAUGUGCUACUGCCAUCUUGUGUUUAACUGGUUUACUAGACCAUCCUCUUUAUAGACUCCUGAUAAGUGCAUUUUUUCCCUGUGUUGAUGUACUUAGUGGGACACACUGAACAGCUUUUUAAAAUGACUUAUUUUAAAAUUAUUUGAUUUAUACCAUCCAUAAACCGCUGGUGGACUUUUUACAUUUUAAAUAUAUAUUUUUACUGAAAGUUACUUUUUUUACUGUAGGCUAGAUGUUUAUACAGAUGGCUGAAAGCUAACAGACAUGGACUAAAGGCCCAUUAGGUUGAUAGAAAGAAACUAUACUAUAUCUGUGACAUUCAAGGAGGAAAUGUACAGUAUUUAUUUUGAAAGCAUGGGAUGAUUUAAAAAAAAAAAAAAAAAAAAAUUAAUAUUGCUGUGUGACUAGGCAGACCUUGAUGAGUGUUUUUUUCCCCCUUACCAGUCUGAAAUUAAAGUUUAUUUUUUUUCUAAUCAUUAUUAGCCAAAUAUUUCAGAACCUGUUUGUAUAUUGGAGAAAUUAUAUCAAACGCCUCAAUUUGUGCUUUUAAAGGUACCUUCUUAUUUUUUAUAAAACAAAUAAAACUGCAUCUAAACAUUAA